GCAACAAGAAGUAAAAGAAGAAUAAUUCAUCUUCUAAUGGAGAAGAUGCGCUUCAGAACAACUGCCAUUGUGAAGCUUUUAGCGUUUCUUGUUUCUUGUGUAUUUCUGGUUCAAAAUGCUACAGGGAAGACCCACCAUCAUAAGUUUGUGGUGAAUUCAUCUCCUCAAACCCGAUUAUGUAGCAACAAGCACAUCUUAACAGUAAAUGGGCAAUUCCCGGGUCCAAAUUUGUACGUUCAUAGGGGCGACAAGGCCAUUAUCGAAGUAUAUAACAAGGCAAAAGACAAUAUCACACUCCAUUGGCAUGGAGUAAGGCAACUAAAGAAUCCAUGGUCAGAUGGCCCUGAAUACAUCACACAGUGCCCUAUUAGAACAGGAAAAAAUUUUACUUACAGAAUUGAGUUCACUACUGAAGAAGGGACAGUAUGGUGGCAUGCACAUAGUGGGUGGGCUCGAGCAACUGUCCAUGGAGCAAUCAUUGUUUAUCCCAAGCCAGGAACAUACUAUCCCUUUCCCAAGCCUCAUGAAGAGAACCCCAUUAUAUUAGGUGAGUGGUGGAAGCAAGACCUAAACAAGAUAACGGGAGAAGCAAACAUAACUGGAGGAGAACCAAGACUCUCAGAUGCAUACACCAUAAACGGGCAACCGGGUUACUUAUAUCCAUGCUCAAAGCAAGGAACCUUUACAAUGAUGGUGGAAUAUGGUAAAACAUAUCUUCUUCGGAUCAUUAAUGCUGUCGUGAAUGAAGAACUCUUCUUCUCCAUUGCUAAACACCGAAUGACGUUAGUAGGAACAGAUGGAUUCUAUACUAAACCAUUAACAACAGAUUACAUUAUGAUUACUCCUGGCCAAACGAUGGAUGUUCUAUUGGAAGCAGACCAACCUGCUAGUCACUACUUCAUGGCUGCUAGAUCAUAUUCAAGUGCCUUCGGGGCCGGUUUCGAUAACACUACUACUACUGCUAUUCUCGAAUACCGUGGUUCGCGGUACCAUCCACCAACUAGUCCUCAAUUUCCAUCUCUCCCACCACACAAUCAAACACAAGCAGCAACAAAUUUCACAAAGAGAUUAAGGAGCCUUGCAAGUAAAGAUCACCCAAUUGAUGUCCCAAAGGAUAUAGACACUCGUUUGUUUUACACCAUAUCUGUUAACCUACUCAAUUGCACCAAUACACCUUGUAAGGGACCCUAUGGUAAGAGAUUCUCAGCCAGUGUGAACAAUAUAAGUUUUGUGACACCAUCUAUUGAUUUGCUUCGAGCUUACUACUAUAGAAUUCAUGGUGUAUUUGAAGAAGAUUUUCCUAGCAAGCCCCCAAAGAGCUUCAAUUACACAGCUGACCACUUGCCUGAGAAUUUUUUGACUCCAGCAUUUGGCACUAAAGUGAAGAUUUUGGAGUACAACUCUAGUGUUGAGCUUAUUUUGCAGGGAACCAAUGUAUUAGCCAGUGAUAAUCAUCCUAUUCAUAUACAUGGGUAUAGCUUUUAUGUGGUUGGAUGGGGUUUUGGUAACUUCAAUCCAAGAAUGGAUCCUUUGAGGUAUAACCUAAUUGACCCACCAGAGGAGACUACAGUUGGAGUUCCUCAAAAUGGAUGGGUAGCCAUCAGAUUCAGAGCUGAUAAUCCUGGUGUAUGGCUUAUGCAUUGUCAUAUAGAGAAUCAUCAAAUGUGGGGAAUGAAUGCAGUUUUCUUAGUGAAAGAGGGUAGGAGAAGUCAAGCUCGUAUGUUUCCACCUCCUGAUGACUUGCCCGAUUGUUGAAGGUGAAAAAAAAAAAUUCUGCACAGGAUCCCAUGGUUUCUUAUAAAUUUAAACGCAAAAGAUAUUAAAGGAACACAAUAUCUUAAAAAUUACAUUACUCUCCAUUGUGGCAAUACUUGAAUACUUGAUUUCUUACUAUCAA